AUGACAUUCAGGAAGUACCUAAACACAAAAGCAAAGCCCAUUCUCGACUCCACGUUAAACUUUUUGCACAAAAACAAAGAGGCUCGCUUCAUUUACGCCGAGGUUUCCUUCCUCGACGGUUGGUGGUCUGAGAUGACAGCUUGGCAGAAAACUACUUUCAAAAGGCUGCUGCAAGAGGGCCAAUGGGAGAUUGCAACCGGUGGCUGGGUGAUGAACGACGAGGCGUCCACGCACUACGCAGCUACGGCGGCUCAACUCGCUGAGGGUCAGCACUGGCUCAUGGACAACCUAGGUUACUUUCCUAAUGUCAGCUGGGCGAUUGACCCUUUCGGUCACGGUACCACAGACGCCUAUCUCAAGCGCAAGGCCGGCCUAGAACACAUUUUGAUUCAUCGUACACACUACGAGAUCAAGGGCCACUUUGGAAAACAACGGACCCUGGAAUUUCGUUGGCGCCAACCUUGGGACUCCUCAGGCUCAACGGACGUCUUUUGCCACAUGUUACCGUAUGCGGGGUACGGUGUGCAAGAGACCUGUGGACCCAGUCCUGGAGUGUGUUGGCAGUUUGAUUUCUCCAGGCAGUCUAGGUUUCAGUUUCCAUGGAGUCCGCCACGCGACGAAAUCGACAGUGACAACGUUGAAACACGGUUCGUGUACAAUAAAUUCUUACAGCAUAUCUAUCCGAAGGUCCUGUGA